AUGGUUGUGUGGAUCCUCUACCACAUGACUGACAAGGCUGCCGACUGGGCUCUCCCUAUCAUAGGGACAAUCAUCAAGGGCGAGGAAGCCUUUGCCGAUCCAGACGCAAAGAGGGCGGCCGCCAGAAAAAUUGCCGCGCUUACUCAGACAACCACCACGUCUGAGUACGUCACUGAAUUCCGCAACCUCAUGGCAGAACUUGACUGGAACACUGAGGCGUACAUUGCCCAGUUCACGCACGGCCUUCAUUGGAAGGUCAAAGAACUCCUGUCCACCAAGGACAACAUUCCCGACAACGACCUAGAGGCCAUAUUCGCCGCCUUGGUCAAAAUUGACAACACUCGACGGGAAAACAAGGAAAACCGUCCCAAGAAGCUCCCUGCCAAGUCCCCGGCCACCGUGGCCACUUCCCCACUACCACCACCCAACGGGGAUCGCCGCCGCGCGUCUGGCCUUUGUGUCAAGUGCGGCCAAAAGGGGCAUGGGAUCAAACAGUGUCCCAAUGGAUGGAAAGCCACCAUCAAGGAAGCCGCCAAGGUGGGAGAAGUAGUAGAGUCGGAAAAAGAAUAA